AUGGCUGGAAGUGGUGGCAAGAAAAAUAUCGUUCCCUGUCUUGUAUGGGUUCAACAGGGAUGUGCUAAACAAAAUCCAGACAAGGUAUCACUGAAUAAAGAAGAGCUGCAGAAAAUUAUACAGAAAACACAAAAUGAAUUGGAUGACAAGGCUGAUGAAUCAGAAGAAGAAAAUGCCAGAGAUUUGGAUGGGAACACACAGGAUAGUGAAGACGAAUUUGAAUCAGCGAUGAGGAAGGCAGAAAAUAUGGCUGCCAGUAUCAAACACAAGAAGGCAAAGCAAACAGUUAAAAGAAAACACAUCGAUGAAAAUGAUGAACAGGAAGAUGAUAUUGUCAAGAAAUAUGGAUUGGACGAUUAUGAUAAUGAAGAUUUGCGUAAGUCUUCUUCUUUUGAUUUCUAUCACCCAAGGGAGCAAAGGCCCUCAGCCAACUCAUGCCACAUCAUUCUAUCCUUUGCUGAUCCCUACAUAACGCUAAAGGACGAUAUUGACAGCGAUGAUGAAGACUUUGUUCUGAAGCCAACAGAUAACUUGUUAGCAAUAGGAAAGGUCACAGAAGAGGCUGCAGUUUUGGAAGUUCACAUUUAUAACGAAGAAAUGAACAACCUGUUCAUACAUCAUGACUACAUUCUGCCCACAAUUCCCUUGGUUCUGGAGUGGUUAGAUUAUGAUAUUGCUGAUGGCCAGAAAGGUAAUUUUGUUGCUAUGGGUACCAUGGAGCCAGAUAUUGGAAUCUGGGAUCUGGAUGUUGUUGAUUCUUUGGAACCGGUUGCUGUUCUUGCAGGAACCAAACACAGCAAAAAGAAAAAGCUGAAAAAGAAAGAUGCACUUGUUGACGGGCACACAGAUUCUGUCUUGGACCUCUCCUGGAAUAAGAAUGUCAGGAAUGUGCUAGCAAGUGCCUCUGCUGACCAUACUGUAUGUCUGUGGGACCUAGCAGAGGGCAAAGUUGUGUCAUCGCUGAAACAUCACGAGAAAGAGGUUCAAUGUGUAAGCUGGCACCCAGUAGAGUCUCAGUCUCUCCUCACUGGAUCCUUUGAUAACUUCGCUGCCGUGGUAGACUGCAGAAGUCCCAAGGAGAAUGUUAAAAAAUGGGAAUUUGAUGGAGAGGUGGAAAGAUGCAUAUGGAAUCACUUUUGCCCAUUUAAUUUUUUGGUAAGCACAGAUAAAGGUCUGCUCUAUGAAGUAGAUGUACGACAUUCAAAGCCUUUGUUCACACUUUCAGCUCAUGAACAAGCUGUGACUGGGAUAAGCUUAAGUUCUCAGAUUCCCGGCCUGUUGGUUACAACAUCACCUGAUAAACAUUUGAAAGUGUGGGACAUUCAAGAUAGCAAACCAUCCCUUGUUCUCAGCCGGAAUUUAAAAUUGGAUGUUUUGCACUGUGUGGCCUCCAACCCAGACCAUCCAUUUGUAUUUGCAGUAGGUGCCAAUAGGGAUUUCAAAGUGUGGGAUAUUCGAGAAAGUGCAGCAGUUCGUCGUCACUUCCUAACUCGUAUGCCUGCACCUAUGGCUGCCGAAUGUGCAGAGGAUGCUGAAGAUUUGCCUGGGGAUGCUGCUGCAGACGCCAUGGAAAAUUUGAAUAUGGAGGAUGAAGAGGAUGCUGCAGAGGAAGAAGAGAUGCUGGCAGGUGAUAGAGGAGAAAGUAAAACCUCAAAACUUGCACAAGGAGGGGAUAAAACAGGAAAAAAGAAAAAGAAGAAGAAGAAGAAAAAGAAGGUUCCUGCUGCUAAAGGGGAGUAA